AUGGUUUGGCUCGAUGCCGUUGGGUAUGAUUCGGUGUGGAGAGCCUCCACAUGUUCUGGCCGGGUUACCGCGUUGCCUUCCGAGACACCGCAGAAGGCGGGGCUCGUUGGGCACGGCAACGAUUCCGGUUGGAAGGUGAAACUAACCUCGAACGCUGAAGUUUCGUUCUCUGGUUCAUCGGUUACCACCCCCGCUUCCAACGGAGAGUUGUCGUCGGAGUGUAGUAUGCCUGAGGAAGGGGUUGUUGGCCAAGACGUUUCCAUUGGUUCGUCGAGUAUGGGUUCUGUUCCCGAGUCGGGUUCGUGGGAUGGAAGGGAUUCAGCGUUCGCCGAGUUCUCCGGAACGUGUGUUUCGGAGUUAUCAAUUAGUUUUGGGGACUCCGUCCUAGCUAAAUUUUCGUCGGUGUCGACGUUGUCAGCUUGA